AUGGGAAUCAUAUUCAAACGCUACCUAGACACACCGACCCACAACAACAGCCGCAUAUUCGGCUGCUCGGAAUGCAAGACGCAUAUGGCGACUACCGAGGAUAUCGUGUCAAAGGCGUUUCAGGGAACGACCGGGCGGGCGUAUCUUUUGCAGAGUGUGGUGAACGUGAUUGAAGGCGAUCUACGAACAGCAACCAUGACCACAGGCGUCCACACCGUCAAGGACAUUUUCUGCACCGCGUGUCAGACGCUUGUCGGAUGGAAAUACGAACACGCACACGAAGACAGCCAAAAAUACAAAGAAGGCAAAUUCAUCCUCGAGCGGCAACUCGUCUGCGAAGUCAUAUGA